AUGCCGGCCCGGAAGCGGAACCCGCGGCCUCUGCCCCCCUCUUCCCCUGGGCGGUAUGGCGGCGGUGACGGCGGGGCCGGUGGAUUGCCACUGCCACCUCGCCGCGCCCUGCUUCCAGACGGACGUGGCGGCCGUGGUGCGGGCGGCCCAGCAGGUGAGGCGGCCGGCGGCGACCCUCUCUCUCCCCAGGCUGCCCCCGCGGCCCCCCGGCCCGGUGUCAGCGGGGCGGCGGUUUCUGUCUGGCGCAGGCGGCGGUGGCGGCGCUGGUGGCGGUGUCGGAGCAGGCGGGGGAGUGCCGCCGCGUCCUGGAGCUGUCCGAGAGAUUCCCGGGAUUUGUUCUGCCGUGCCUGGGAGUCCACCCGCUUCAAGAGGCGUCGCCGGGGGAGCAGCGCAGCGUUACUCCGGCGGAUCUGGAUGCUGCAUUGCCACUUAUGGAACUCUACAAAGAUAAACUGGUGGGGAUUGGAGAAAAAUGUUCAUUCCCGCUCAGCUGGAAGACCAACCAUUAAUCUCUUAAAGGAACAAGGUGCUACAAAGGUGUUGCUCCAUGCUUUUGAUGGGAAGCCAUCUGUAGCGAUGGAAGGGUUGAAGGCUGGAUACUUCUUCUCCAUUCCUCCUUCCAUUAUAAGGAGUGAACAGAAACAGAAGCUUGUGAAACUGUUACCUCUGGAAAGUUUGUGCUUGGAAACUGACUCUCCUGCUCUGGGGCCUGAAAAACAGGUGAGGAAUGAACCAAAAAAUGUUUACAUUGCUGCAGAAUAUAUUGCCAAAAUUAAAGGAAUUCCAGUUGAAGAAGUUAUAGAAGUGACUACACAGAAUGCACUGAAAGUAUUCCCCAAACUUCGGAACUUUCUUCAGAAAUAGAUUCAGAAAUGUAUGACAUUGCAGACACUAUUAUUUAUGGUGUAAUGAAUAAAACCAGUGCACAUCUUGUCUUAAA